UGCAACAGGCUACGAAGUUCAGAAAUUCGUUCGUCGUAAGCACGAAAACGAUUUCAGCGUUUUAACGCUGCUUUUCAUCACAUCUACGUUAUAUUAUUGCAUACAUAUGGUCGCGUAGUGAUUUUCGUGAAGUGCCAUCAACAAAAACAAAAAGAGGAUACAAAAUGAAACUGCUAGCAGUUUUUCUGCUAACAGUAUUGUUAUCUGGAUUGAUUUCAUUAAAUGAAGCUAACAUUGAUGCCACACAUGUACCAUUAAUUAAAUCGAAUCAUUUAAAUGAUUCUCUGGAAUUGAAAGAAUCUCUAAUCAAAACAAAAGCUAUAUCAGAGAAAGAAUCUUAUUCUACUGAUGCAUCAGUAAACCAAGGAACAGAAACUGUCGAUGAUAAAGAUGCAUUAAAAUUGAAGAAGGAUGAUUUUCAAUUUAUGAAAAAUUUUCUUAAUCCCAAAGAUAUGCUUAUGCAAGAAAUUCAUACAUUAAAUGAAGAAUCUAAGAAUCAGAAUAAAAUUGCACAGCCUCUUAAAGCAGAAGUUAAAAAGAUUAGAGUCUCAAAUGCUUCAACAAAGAACAACUCGGAUAACAGUGAUAUAACAUUACUCGAAAAUGAAAAUGUAUCCUAUGAAGAUGAUUUGAGUGAAGAUGAAGAAGACGAAAGCGAAGACGAAUAUGAAGAUGAAGAUCGUGAUGAAAAUGAUGAUGAACCCGAGGAUGAUGAACAAGUAAUGACACAAUGUCCUGAUUAUUGCAAAUGUGCUGGAGAAUAUGCUGCUGUAACAACCGCAACAUGCACCAAACUUGUAGAACAACAAUCUUUUAGCACUGGUAUUGUCCAUUUGCGCAUUGAAAAUGCUGGACAAAUUCGUCUUGACUCUCAUGCAUUUCAAUCACGAGGCUUUCAACAUUUAGAAUCUAUUACGAUUACUGAUACGAGAAUAGUCGAACUGAAUCAAACUGCAUUUGAUGGCAUACCAUAUUUAUUUUCUGUAAAUUUAACGCGCAAUGAUCUUCAAGAUAUUCAUCCAAAUACUUUUAUAAAUAAUAAGCAACUAUCAUUACUUGCCAUUUCUGGAAAUCCAUUAAAACAUACACAGGACUUGAAAUUACCAAAACAUAGUUUGUUUGAUGCUCCAUCCGUUACAGAAUUUGAUUUUUCUUUUAAUGGUUUGACGAAAUUGAAACGUACAGCAUUUGCAAAGAUGAAAAGUUUGACUUAUAUUAAUUUAAAAGGCAACAAGUUGAAAGAAAUUGAUAGCGCAACUUUCAAUAUGUUGGAAUCACUUGUAGAAGUAGAUCUUUCGAAUAAUUUAUUAAAUGAAAUUCCCGUUGAUCUCUUUGAUAAUAAUGAAAUUCAAACGCUUCGUAUUACUAGAAAUAAUUUCGCAAGUUUAAAUACUAUACAAGCAUCAAAACUGAGAUUAUUAGAUGCAUCUAAUAAUAAAGUCAAAACAAUAGCAAAAGAUGAUUUUGCUGGAGUGCCCUUAUUAGAUCAGUUGAUAAUUACUUCUAAUGGACUCAAAAGGAUUCAUCAACAUGCUUUUGUUAAUCUUGAUCAACUUAAUUAUCUCGACAUUAGUGAUAAUAAAUUAACUUUUUUGACAGAACAUCAUUUAAAAAAUAAUGCAAGAUUACAAGUUUUAUUAAUGAAUAAUAACCCGGAAUUGGACACUUUACCAAUUUUCAAAGCAGCUAAUGUUGAAUAUAAUACAUACAGUAUAUAUCGAUUUGAAUGUUCAAAUUGUGGCUUGCAUUUCCUCGAAGAAGAAACUUUCAAUGCCAUGCCAGCAAUGACACGAUUAAAUCUCUCCAGAAAUCGUCUGGCUAGUCUUCCAAACGGAUUUUUGAAUAGUCUCUCAUCCUUGCGAAUCCUUGAUCUCUCUGACAAUAUAAUUAAUUCUUUAGAAAGUGAAAUGUUUCAUGGUGCUACCAGUUUAAGUAAACUCAAUCUUGCGGGUAAUCCUUUGACAACAUUACAAGUAACACCAUUCCUGAAGACUCCUAGUCUUACUAAACUCGACGUAAGCAGAUGCGCUUUGGAAAGAGUAUGGAGUGAAGCUAGAAUUCCAUUGACUACUUUACGAUAUCUAUCAGUUCGAGAAAAUCUUCUUCAUCAUAUCACCGUGGAAGAACUGAAAGCAAUGCCAUCACUUGUUAGUUUGGAUUUAUCACACAAUCCUCUUGAUUGUGAUGUUGAAUUCAAUGAAGCAGUUCAGUGGCUUACCGAUCAUGGUGUAACUCCAAUUGAAACAUUGAAAUAUAUAAGCAAUUAUGGUAAUACUGAUAAUUAUCAAGAUUCUGAAGGUAUUAGUCAAUGGACGGAUUUGGCAAAAGUAGUUUGUGACGGUAUUAGUUCUGGACCACGACCGAGGCCAGUUCCUCAGAAAGAAAAGAAAAACAAUUUCCUUGGUGGAUUUGAUUCAUCUGAAGAUUCUGAUUCUUUAUUAAGAAGCAAUGUUAAAAGUGACGAAGAAUUAAUUAAGUUGCAAAUUGAUCACGGAAUAAAAUUGAAUGAAGAAGUUGAAAAAGCUUGGACAACGCAAGAUCAAGAAUAUGAAGAUUUUGUUACUUCAGAGAAUAUAGAAUAUCAUCCCUGGUACACUAAUGCACUUUGGCCUGUAAUGAUUGUAAUUAUUAUAACUUCGAUAAUUCUCUUAUUAACAGUGCAUAUUGUAAUUCACUUGGCGAAACGCCGAGGUCAAGGACCCGUUAUUAGGCCACCAAUGAUCUUACGACAAGGUUUUAUUGAUAACAAGAAUUGUGGUUUAGUGUAUAAACCACUUCAAGAAGAAAUUGCUACUCCCCAUGUUCCGAAACGGGGAAGCUUUUAUUCUAGUAGUACAUUCCAUUAUGAUAAAAUUGUGCCAGAAAGCGUAUAAAAUUUAUUAUCAAUCAAAUUAUCAAUUAUUUAGAAUAAUAAUGUAAUGCAAUUUAACCUGCCGUUAAAGAAAAAAUUUUUAAAGAAAUAUUUUUAAAUAAAUCAAUGACUUAAUUAUAUUCAGGAAAACGUGUUAUAUAUAAACGUAAUAUAUUUAUAAUGGUAAAAAAUUAAUUGUAAUAAAUUUUUACAAUUAAUAUUAUAAAAUAAAAAAUAAAAUUCGUAAAUAAAAUGAAAUAUAUAUAUUAACA